AUGUCGGACCUGAUCUCAGCCUCUGCCAAGGCUACCUCUUCCCGCACCGCUACCAGCAGCUUCUCCAAAACUCCUUUGCUGUCAGCUAGGUACCCUAUGGGCGACAGACUAUCCACCUGUGCUGGGCUUGGGGCUGCAGAGAUCCUCUUCAUCCUAGCAGGGCUGUGUGCAUCAGGUCCUGCUGACGUAAGGCUGGUGAAUGGUCCCGACUCCUGCACAGGCCGGCUGGAGGUAUUUUACAAUGGCACUUGGGGGACGGUGUGUGAUGACCACUGGGACCUCAAUGGAGCCCGAGUGGUCUGCCGGCAGCUGGGCUCUGGGACAGCGCUGUCAGCUGUCGGUGGGGCUCGCUAUGGGCGAGGAGCAGACCCCAUCUGGCUGGACAACGUACGCUGCACCGGGACAGAGGCUGCCCUUUCCGAGUGCCAGGCACGGCCCUGGGGAGUUCACAACUGUGGGCAUGGAGAAGACACCAGUGUUGUGUGCUCGGGGGCACCUUCUCCAGGUUUAACCCGCACCAGGCUGGUGAAUGGCUCAAGUUUCUGCUCCGGCAGAGUUGAAGUCCUCCACAAUGGUGAAUGGGGCACCGUGUGUGAUGACAGCUGGAGCCUGAUGGAUGCUGAAGUGGUGUGCAGGGAUGUAGGCUGUGGCCAAGCACUGUCAGCUCCAAUCGGGGCUGCCUUUGGGCAGGGGUCAGGGCCCAUCUGGCUGGAUGAAGUGACCUGUGCUGGGACGGAGGCUGCCCUUUCUCUGUGCCGGGCCACAUCCUGGGGAAGCCAUAACUGCAACCACGGAGAGGAUGCUGGCGUUGAAUGCACAGAUUCUGGGAUUUCAGAACCAACUCAGGUCCGGCUGGUGAAUGGCUCCAGCCACUGCUCAGGGCGAGUCGAGGUCCACCACAACCAGUGGUGGGGGACAGUGUGCGAUGACAGCUGGGACCUAAGUGAUGCUGAAGUGGUCUGCCGGCAGCUGGGCUGCGGGCUGGCCCUGUCAGCCCCUGGCAGGGCUCCAUUUGGUCAAGGACCUGGUCCCAUCUGGCUGGACGAAGUGAACUGCAGAGGGACAGAAGGUGCCAUAACUGAAUGCAGCUUCAAACCCUGGGGAGCCCAUAACUGCAACCAUGGUGAAGAUGCAGGUGUCGUGUGCUCAGGUAAGCCUGGUCCAGACCCCACGGAGCUACGGCUGGUGAAUGGCCCAAAUCGCUGCACUGGGCGCCUCGAGGUCCUUCAUGACCAGCAGUGGGGGUCCGUGUGUGACAACGGCUGGGACAUGGAGGAUGCCAAAGUGGUGUGCCGGCAGCUGGGCUGUGGUGCUCCAAUCUCUGCUCCAGGCUGGGCUAGGUUUGGCAGGGGCUAUGAUCCCAUCUGGCUGGAGACAGUCAGCUGCCGGGGGACGGAGGCUGCCCUUACCGAGUGCAAAGCCCAGGUGUGGGGCAUCCACAGCUGCCACCACGGGGAAGAUGCCAGCGUGGUGUGCUCAGAUCCAAUGGCACUUCGGUUGGUGGACGGCCCACGCCGUUGUGCCGGGAGGAUCGAGGUGCUUCAUCAUCAGCAGUGGGGCACGGUGUGUGAUGAUGGCUGGGACCUGCGCGAUGCCGAGGUGGUGUGCUGGCAGCUGGGCUGUGGGGCGGCAGUCGCAGCCCCAGGCUCAGCUCACUUUGGCCGGGGACGUGAUCCCAUCUGGCUGGAUGAGGUGAACUGCACAGGGACCGAGUCCGCCCUCUCUGAAUGCAGGGCCAAGCCAAAAGGAGUCCACAAGUGCCACCAUGGAGAAGAUGCUGGUGUGGUGUGCUCAGACCCUACUGAGGUCCGGCUGGUGAACGGCUCAAAUCGCUGCUCUGGGAGAGUUGAGGUGCUGCACAACCAGCGAUGGGGAAGUGUGUGCGACGAUGGCUGGGACCUGGACGAUGCAGAAGUGGUAUGCCGGCAGCUGGGCUGUGGGACAGCCAUAGCUGCUCCACCCAGAGCUCAGUUUGGAAUGGGGCAUGAGCCUAUCUGGCUGGAUGACGUGAACUGCACCGGCACCGAGGCUGCCCUCUCCAAGUGCAGGGCCAAAGCAUGGGGAGAGAGUAACUGCGACCACCGAGAAGAUGCCAGUGUGGUGUGUGUGGGAGCCAAUUCCAGGUUGUCCGAGAACAGCAGCUCCCCUUGGCCACCAUGA